AUGUCAUCAAGUGGAACCCUUUGGAGCUACGAGGAAGAAAAAGCAUUUGAGAAUGCCAUAGCUAUGCAUUGGAAUGAGGAAGACUCAAAAGAGCAAUGGGAGAAAAUUGCUUCAGCAGUUCCCAACAAAAGCAUGGAAGAAGUGAAGCAGCAUUACCAGGUUCUAGUAGAGGAUGUAAGUGCAAUAGAGGCAGGUCACAUAUCAUUCCCCAAAUAUGCUUCUGAGGAAACCACAUCUUCAAAUAAGGACUUUCAUGGCUGUUCCAAGGCCACAAGUGCUGAUAAAAGAUCAAAUUGUAAUUAUGGAAGUGGUUUUUCUGGGUUAGGACAUGAUUCCACCACUAACAGUAGUGGUAAAGGAGGCUUGUCAAGGUCAUCAGAACAAGAAAGGAGAAAAGGAAUUCCAUGGACUGAGGAGGAACACAGGUUAUUUUUACUCGGUCUAGACAAGUUUGGAAAAGGAGAUUGGAGAAGCAUUUCAAGGAACUUUGUGAUAUCUAGGACACCAACACAAGUGGCUAGCCAUGCACAGAAGUAUUUCAUAAGGUUGAAUUCUAUGAAUAGGGACAGGAGGAGGUCAAGUAUCCAUGAUAUAACUAGUGUGAACAAUGGAGAUGUGGCUAAUAAUCAAGCACCAAUUACAGGGCAACAUAGUAGCUCAGUUUCUUCAAGUACAAUGGGUGUAGGACAAUCACUGAAGCAUAGAGUUCAGGGUCACAUACCACCUGGUUUAGGCAUGUAUGGAACACCAGUUGGCCAUCCUGUGGCUGCUCCUCCAGGGCAUAUGGCAUCUGCAGUUGGCACUCCUGUCAUGCUUCCUCCUGGACCCCACCCCCAUCCUCAUCCCCAUCCCCAUCCCCAUCCCCAUGGUCAUCCUCAUCCACCUUAUGUUCUUCCACUUGCUUACCCAAUGGCACCUCCAACAAUGCAUCAAUAA